GGGCCCGGCAGUGCUGACCAUGGCGGCCACGGGAGCGGCGGGAGCGGGAGCGGCCGGGCUGGCUGGGAUGUCGGCGCGGCCGCUGGGAGCGGCGGAGCCGCUGUCGCUGGGCUCGCUGCGCGGGAAGGUGCUGCUGGUGGCCAACGUGGCGUCGCUCUGAGGCACCACCACCCGCGACUUCCUGCAGCUCAACGAGCUGCAGCAGCGCUACGGGCCCCGCGGGCUGCAGGUCCUCGGCUUCCCCUGCAACCAGUUCGGGCACCAGGAAAAUGCUACGAAUGAGGAGAUCCUGCUGUCGCUGGAGCACGUCCGUCCUGGCAAGGGGUACAAGCCCAAUUUCAUCAUGUUCGAGAAGUGCGAGGUGAACGGGAAGAACGCGCACCCGCUCUUCACCUUCCUGAAAGAGGCGCUGCCCUUCCCGCACGACGACCCGUCCUCGCUGAUGACCAACCCGCAGUUCAUCAUCUGGUCCCCGGUCUGCCGCAACGACAUCUCCUGGAACUUCGAAAAGUUCCUCAUUGGCCCGGAUGGCGUGCCCUUCAAACGCUACAGCCGGCAUUUCGAAACCAUCAAGAUCGAGGCCGAUAUUGAAUUGCUUCUGCAGAAGGUUGCCAAGAAUGUCCUUGAAUAAAGCAAAGCGCCACAGAGUUUGCUGCCUGGCCCCCUCACUUCCUGCUCAGCUCACUGUGCUCCUGCUUGGUUUUCUCGCAGGUGGCUGCUGCUCUGGCAGAAAUCCCGAUGUUUCGUGCAAGUUUUGCUUGUGAUGGUGCAUCUUCCAAAUUCUCGAAAUGUACCUGAUGUUUUCAAAAGUUGCAUGUGAAUGUUUGGGAAACUAUGCUGGGGAAAGUGGCUGUGAGUUUCAGUAGCUUACUGUGAUUCUCUGAAUAAUAAAAAAAAAAAAUAA